AUGGAGUUCGAUCAAUCUCACUAUUCCCUUACCAACAAUAAUAACGACAACAAAGGGAAACUAGCGAUUCUAAUGGCGAUCAACGGCGCAUGUCUUUUUGUUGGAUCGGUCUCAUCCACUCUACUUUCCAAAUUCUACUUCAUCCAUAACGGUUCUAGUCGAUGGGUCUCAACCCUAGUUCAAUCCGCUGGCUUUCCUCUCCUCCUCCCUUUCAUUUUCCUUCCACCUUACCUCUUUCCAUCCACCCACCACCGAAAACCAUUCGCUUGUUUCUCUCGAAAACUCCUCAUACUCUCCAUUCUUGCCGGUUUCCUCAUCGGAGUUGAUAACUUCCUCUUCUCUUGGGGCACUUCUUACCUCCCUGUCUCUACCUCAUCUCUUCUCUUAUCUUCUCAACUUGCUUUCAACCUUCUCUUAUCGGUUAUUAUUGUUAAACAAAAUAUUACUUUUCAUAACUUGAAUUGUGUAGUUUUGCUUACGUUGGCUUCGGUUCUUCUUGCUAUGGGCUCGACAAAUGAUCGAGUCUUGGGUUUGACCCGCCCCGAUUACUUCGUUGGGUUCUUUUGCACGAUUGGGGCGGGUCUUCUUUUCGCUCUUUAUCUACCUCUCAUGGAGAUGAUAUAUAGGAAGGUGGAUUGUUUCGCUAUGGUGGUGGAGAUGCAGAUGGUGAUGGAGGCGUCCGCAACCGCACUUAUAGUGGUCGGCAUGACGGUUGCAAAUAGGUACGAGGACUUGGGGACGAAGGAAAGUGAGAUAUUCGACAUGGGUCCUAAAGCAUAUUGGUGGACGGUGGUGGGAACAACGGUGACAUGGCAAUUGAGUUUCAUGGGAACGGCGGGGGUGGUGUUCUUGACAACAUCAUUAACCGGUGGAGUAUGCAUGACAGCGCUUAUGGCGGUUAAUGUUUUGGGCGGGGUGGUUGUUUACGGCGAUAAAUUUAGCAGCUUAAAGGCAAUUUCGACGAUUUUAUGUGGUUGGGGAUUUUGUUCUUAUGUUUAUGGUAUUUAUUCAGAGACAAAGUAUGUCGACGUCGAUGAUGAAGAUAUGAGUUUAAAGACCAAUCAUGAUCAUCACCGGCUAAGGAUGGCGGAGAAGGACGGCGUUUAGUGGCGGCGACACCCUAAAUAUAUUAA